CAUAACGAACGGUUGUGGAUACGGAAAAUAACGAGCGAAACGAAUAAAUAAAAAGAAAACAACGGUUUUCUGGUUAAUUUAAAAAAAAAUAUAUAAAAAAACGGAAGUGCAAUAAAAAAUUUUGUAAAAAAAUAAUUAUAAAAAAAAAAUUAUUUUAUAAAAUAAAAGAAAAUUUUAAAAAAUAUAUAUUUUAUAAAAAUAAAGAAAAAAAGAGAAAGUAAUAAAAGAAGUUGAAAAGGAGGAUGUGCCAAGAAUAGUGUUUGUUUUAGAAAAAGAAGAAAGAAAAAAAUCCAAAUUAAAGCAAAGGAAAAAUAAUUUAGCUUUUAGUGCCAAAAAAAUAUUUUGUUUUUAGAACGCAAUGCUUUAACGUAUAAACGCGCCUAUAAAAACGCGCCCUUUAAAAAUUUUAUUUGAAACGGUUUUAUUCUAUUUUUUUCGAUUUGCAAUUCAUUUUUUUGAAAAAAGUAUUUUUAACACAAAACGACGACAAUUUUGCCAAGAAAUAAAACACAUAAAAAACAACGACUAAUGUCUGGUGCUAAAUAAAAUUUUUAUGCAAAUGCACGUGUUUUAAAGCAAAAGCCUUUUAAAACCAAAUAAUUUUGCUCUGUUUUUAGAAAUUUUCAAAAAGAAAAGAAAAUCUAAAGUAGAAUAAAAAGUAAAGAAAUAAAAUUGUCAUGUGCAAAUAUACAAAAAAAAUGUAUUAAAACAAGUGCAGUGCCAAGCAAUUAAAAGUUAAACGUACGAGAAAAAUAUGCUCUAAGGCACCGGAAAUCGUUAUAAGUUUGAAAAUUUUUAAUAGAAAUAUUUAAAAAAAAAAAUCAUUUUCUAAGAAUCACCAUUUUUAACACAAAUGUAAAUACUUUACAACAAAACAGCAAACAACAUGAUUUAAUUCUUCCUUUAAAAACCCAUAAAAAUUCCCCCCAAAACGAGUUCCCCUUAAAACCUCAUUUUUGGACAAACAAAAAUAAACCACAACGAGAAAAUGUUUUCAACGACAACUAAAUCAAAACAAAGACCUUUAAGGGACUUUAACAAACCCUUUAACCUACAACUAAGACUGUUAAGAAUCUUCUGCAGUCUGCUGCUCAUGCUCAACUGGCAGGCAACACCCUCACAUACCAAAGAUUUAAUGCAACAUCGUGUUAGACAGCAACAGCAGCAACAACUACAUCACUAUCGCCAACAAGAAGAUUUGUUGCGGCAUUUUAAUUCAAAAUCUGGCGUAAAUAAUGCCACAACAACAUACAAUCAAGAUUUCGAAACGAGUGUGGUAUCAUGGACAGGCGCCAAAUUAACCAACUCACCGGCCACAUUCUUAUCAGCACAAUCAGCUGCAUCGGUACCAACAGAAUUGUUACAACGACGAAGACUGGAGCAUUUAAAACAAGAUGAGCAACAAGAACAGCUCGCUUACUCUGAAUCGCAGCUACAGCAACAAUUGGGCAAUAAGAGACGCAAAACUAAAAGUGGUUUAUUGAUUGAAAGCAAUAUUGAAAUGGAUUAUACGGAUUUACAACAAUCCUCAACUUCCACCAGCUUAGACUAUGAUACAGAAGCUGAAAUGUUAAAGGCAAUGGCCACAACAGCAGCUAAUAGCUAUAACAGUGGCCACAGUUAUCCCAAACAAGAACGCAAACGUAAUAGACAGCAUCACCAAUCACAGCGUAAGCGCAAUGGUCGUAAUGGAGGUGGUGGUGGAGGUGCUGGACAACAGGGUUUUGGUGGUGGCAACAACGGUCAACGUCAAAAAUUGCAACGCAACGCUUUACGUUUGCUAAAUAGUCACAGUGAUUCCCUAACUUCUUCUUCUCUGGAUAACAGCCAUCAGGAGGGUGGUUUAUUUCCUCAACUCUUUAAUGUUGCCACGCGUGCCUCUAUUACCGUUAAUGCCACUUGUGGUCAAAAUGGUCGGGAGGAAUACUGCAAACUAGUAGAUGCUUAUCCUCAUAAGAAAUGGGCCACCCAAUGUGGUAUUUGUAAUGCUCAUUCUUCAGAUGUGGCCAAACAUAGACCUAUAGAAUCCGUGAUUUCCAAUGUUAAUAUGCAGGAUCAAUGGUGGCAGUCGCCUACCUUGCAAUAUGGCAGAAAUUAUGAAUAUAUAACCAUAACUUUGGAUUUAAAGCAGAUCUAUCAAGUUUUCUAUGUCAUGCUAAAAUCCGCUAAUUCUCCCCGCCCUGCCUCCUGGAUCUUAGAGAAGUCUCUAGAUGGUUAUAACUUCCAAGCGUGGCAAUAUUUUGGCCGCUCAGAACUAGACUGUAAGCAACGUUAUAACCUGCCUGCACAAAAUGGCAAAUAUGUGUUUCAAAAUGAUACCGAGGUAAUCUGUACGACACAAUUUUCCAAGGCAUUGCCUCUAGAAAAUGGAGAGCUACAUGUAUCUUUGCUGAAAAAUCGCCCUGGGGCCAUGGAACAAACUCAAGAGUUAAUGGAUUUUAUAACAGCCCGUUACAUACGUAUACGUUUUCAGGGCAUGCACUCCACAGCCAAUUUGGAUAAUAGUGUCUACUGGCAGUUGGAUGCUCAUUCACUGGAGAAACGUAGUUUUUACUCCUUGAAACAGAUCAGAGUAAGUGCCCGUUUAGAUUGUCAUGGUCAUGCAGAGAAAACCAAAGAAUUAGCGGAAAAGUAUAAAGGUCAAAAGGAAUUUUCCGGUUUAGAAUCGACACUACAAUGUGAAUGUCAGCAUAAUACCUGUGGCAAUGAUUGCUCUCAAUGCUGUCCCCUUUAUCAGGAUAAACCCUUUCGAAAUGGCACCAUGCGUGAGGCGCAUCAAUGUGAGAUCUGUCAAUGUAAUGAUCAUGCUGAAACUUGUAUUUAUGAUCGUUUUUUGGAGCGGGGAGUAUGUCAAGAUUGUCGUAAUAAUACUACAGGGAAUGAAUGUGAAUUCUGUUUAAAUGGUUUCUAUAGACCCCAGGGAGCUUUGCGUUCGGAAGCUUGUUUGCCCUGUGAAUGUAAUACCAAGGGAUCGACUGGUUUGUGUCAUGCAGAAGGUGGCUCUUGUAUAUGUCGAGAAGGUUUUCAGGGCAGGAAAUGUGAGGAAUGUUUGCCGGGUUUUUAUGGUGAAGACUGUCUUAAGUGUGAGUGUGAUGGUCGAGGGACCUUGGCCGAUAGCGAGUGUGCGGGUGUGUGUGUUUGCAAGGCUAAUGUAGAGGGUGAUACCUGUAAUCUGUGCAAAGAAGGUUUUUAUGAUUUAAGCUCGGAGAAUCCGGAAGGUUGUUCCCCCUGCUGGUGUUCUGGCUUGGAGGCCGGCUGCUCUAGUGCCCAAUUGUCUACACUGGCCUUUGAAACUCUAAACGAUUGGAAAAUUACCGAUAUUACCCGAUCUCAAACAGCUGUACCUGUCUUAGAUUCCGACACCAAUUUCCUGGGUUAUGGCAUGUAUGAUUUAUCCGAUGUAGAGGCCAUCUAUUGGCAGGCUCCUCAAGGUUAUUUGGGCAAUCGCUUAACUAGCUAUGGUUCACGCUUAUCCAUACAAGUCAAUUGGGUAACCAUUAGAGGUGAUACUUCCGGCAAACCCACUUCAGGACCCAAUGUUAUUCUAUUCGGUAAAAAUGGUUUAAAAAUAGCCUAUGGUGAUGAGGAGUUUACUAGAGGGUCCAGUGCCACCAUAAAUAUAACUUUAGAACAGAGCGGUUGGUAUCAUGUGCCUGCACAAGUCAAGGAUAUAAAAACAAGGCUGAGGCGCAAUGAGUAUCAUGGUUCCCAAGUCUCACGAGCCCAAUUCUUAGCGGUUUUAACUAAUUUAGAAGCUUUAUUGGUAAGAGCCGCUUUUCAUACCGAUCAAGUGGAAACCAAUUUGGAAAGAGUGAUUAUUUAUACCGGAGGCUUGGAACUAGGAGGUCCACCUUCCUCUAAAGUGGAACAGUGUAGAUGUCCUUCUGGCUACACGGGAUUAUCCUGUGAAUCUUGUGAUUUUGGCUUUAUAAGAGUCUAUGAAAACUCCAGUGAUCAUCAUGAGGUGGGACGUUGUAAACCUUGUCCCUGUAAUGGUCAUUCGAACUCAUGUGAUUUGCAGAGUGGUGGCUGUGGCAAUUGUAUGCACAAUACCUAUGGUGAAAGAUGUGAACGUUGUCAACGCGGCUACUAUGGCAAUCCCUUGCAUGGUACUCCCCACGACUGUAAACCCUGUGCCUGCCCUCUACUGGCUGCCAGUAAUAACUUUUCUCCCAGUUGCCAGUUGAAGUCGUAUGCUAUCAUGGACAUCAACCCUAUUUAUGGUGUGGUGGAAAAUACCGAAUACAUUUGUACACAAUGUCCGCCCGGCUAUACGGGUGACCACUGUGAAAUGUGUGAUGAUGGUUACUAUGGCAAGCCUACCGAGUUGGGUUCUUCGUGUCAGCCCUGUGCUUGUGAUGGCGGACCAUGUGAUGUCUUUACGGGCAGGUGUAUAGUGUGCGAGGGCAACACCGAAGGCUGGCAUUGUGAACGCUGUAAAAUGGGUUACUGGGGUGAUCCCUCUAUGGGUUGUGAACCCUGUGAUUGCUUUAGCGAAGGCUCUGAUAGCUCAGUAUGUGACAGUACUGAUGGUCAGUGUUUGUGUAAACCCCGUUACAGUGGUCAAAAAUGUGAUGAAUGUGCUGAAGGUUAUGCACAAAUCGAUAUGAAAUGUGCACCAUGUUCCUGUAAUGAAUGGGGUUCAAUUGAUCCUCACACCUGUGAUCCCGAUAAUGGACAAUGUCAGUGUAAACCGGGAGUUCAAGGACUCAAAUGCAAUGAAUGUGAAGAGGGAUAUUUUGGACUCAAAGCAGAAUCUUAUGGUUGUGUGGUUAUUAUUGAGUGUCGUAAAGAAUUACCUUUGGUACUUCAUUGCAAGGCCCACUAUGUGGUCAAAGAAACUGAAAGCUAA